UCAAUCUCACUGGCUUCUACUUUGAAACCGUCAUGGGAGAAAGAAGCCAAAAUUAUAAGAGAAAGACAUAAUCCAACAACGGAUGGACGUAUUCUUUUGGGAAAGGUGGAUUGCGCGAAUGAACAAAAUCUUUGUAAAAGACAUCACGUACAAGGUUAUCCUUCUAUCCGCAUCUUCCGCAGGGGGAAUGGUAUAAAAGACGCACAUGGGACCCAUGAUCAUGAAUCAUAUUAUGGAAACCGCGAUACGAAUAGCUUGGUUGAGGCAAUGGAACACCUGGUUACACCUUCGGAUUCCCGAAAAUUUACGUUAGAUGAUAAAUUCGGAAAGGCUAUUGUUUUUGCAAAAAGACCCACACCACGUGAAGCGGGAUGUAGAAUUGAAGGGUUUAUACGAGUAAAGAAGGUUCCAGGCGAUAUUAUCGUAUCAGCGCGAUCUGAAUCCCACUCGUUUGAUGCUUCGCGCAUAAACAUGUCACAUGUGAUAAACAGUUUCAACUUCGGUAAAAGGUGACUCCGUGAGUGAUAAGUGAUCUUAAGAGACUGCGACCCUACAUCAAAAGUCAUGACAAGCUAGCUAGUAAAGCCUACAUC